CCUGCGAAGUGUAUCUUUGUAGCAGUCAGGUGGGUGCCAGAACCGCAUUCAGGACAGACUCCGAAUCCGCGGUUUUCAGUCUUCCAUAAGAAGCAAUACGUGAACGGUGUAGCGUGUUACCUGUGUCGUAUCUAUUACCGGUUGUAAUCAGAAGUUGCAAGUAGAACGAAAUAGAAAGUGGGGAAGUUUAUCCGCUAAUGCAACUUAAGUUUAGUGUAAAUUUCGCCAAUUCGUCUUGGAAAUAAAGUCGAAUGCACAUAGAUAGAUAUGGUAGAAUUGUUUCUGGAAAGUGUUAAACUGGUUUGACGAGAUCGUUCCAAUGACUCACCUCCGAUCCGAGGUGGAAAAGAGUGAUACCUGUGCAACUCCAAUCGUGCACGCGUCCACCUGAGGCAUACUCGGUUAUAAUGUAAACAGAGAGUCAUCCCGGUCACAUAGAGUUUACUGCAGUGAAAAUCGGUGCGAUAUGUAUGAAUUACAAUGCUUAGUGAUUGCCCUGCUCCACAUUCCUCUGAUGAACGCCGCUUUGGCGAUCACCGGCCAGCCGUGUGGACUGAAGAAUUGCUCACUGAAUGAGUUCUGCAACAGCUUCAACAACCAUUGCGAAAAAUGCGAAGGCAUUUGCAACGAUCCGUCGCACAACUUUGAUGCUCAAACUUGUGUGAAACAGUGUCAAGAUUAUCUGCAUGACGUUCGUUAUGGCUCUUCACCUGCCUUGCAAGAUGAAAUCAAGCAGUUACAACAACAGCAAAAAACUAAUACCAUCCUCUUAGUAAUUAUUUUAAUUGUUUUACUUGUAAUCUGCAUUGUGUGGGCUGCACGCUUCCUGAGGAAGAAACGAUUACUAUCUACGUGUUUUUUCAAAAAGAUAAAACCAACCAAAGCGCCUGUAAACAACUCUCAGCCUGUAGGAAACGAGAACCUACCACCAAUAAACAUCCCGAUCGUGAGGAAUGGAGGAGAAGCCGUGGGUAUCGGUGCGAAUGUGCUUUCAGUCUCAGGUACUGACGUCUCAACCAUGCCUACGUUGACGACGCCAAUUCAUAAUCGUUAUCCAGCCGAAAAUAGUACAACAGAAUACUCGUACGAUAACGCCGCCCUCCAAGUAACGCCUUCUACCGAGAAACCCAAAGGGUCUGAAACGACAUUCUGAAUUGUAGAAAAGCUAUUUUAUUCUGUCAUUUGUCUUCUACAUGUAUAAAAAUUGAACACACAUCACACCUUACUCGAGUAAAAAAUGUGAACUAUAGUAAGUAAUGAUAUGAUCAUUGGAAGCGAACCUAUCUACUUAAGAAGAUUGUAAAUUGAUCCGUCCUCAAGUAUUCAAAUAUCGAAAAAGACCUAACAAGCUUAGUUGUUUUUUUUUGUUACAUAAUGUGUAAAAAUAAAAUAAUGAAACACUGUAAAUUA